UCGAGGAAUAAAACCAGACUGACACUUAUCAAAACCACACCAAACUGCGAAGUGUUGUGAAAUCUGUAAUUCUGCUUCUACUCUUCCCCAGAGGAAGAAGCCGUUUUUCGAAACGAAACGCGUGCCUGUGCACAGUGUUACCCGCAAAAAAAAGAGUACCCAUCCCGGUUUUAUCUUUCUACCACGCUGGCCCGUUUGUGAUGAGGAAUUCUAGUGGUGAUCAUGCUCUGAAGAUGCUGUUCCCAUUGGUGACCGUGCCGUGUGCUUGGAAGCAAGUGAAAUCAUCGUCCGCUGUUGCUGCUGCUGCUACUGCUACCGUGCCAUUGUUGGUUGCUUCUACUGUUGCUGCCGUCGUUUGCGAAUUCCGCCGUCGUAACCUGCUGGCACUGUCCGGCUGCACCUCCUGACGGAAACGCUUCGUCAGCCUGUGUGAACGUGCGAAGGGUUCAGCAUUCGUUUGAGCAACGUGUGACCGAGGGACGUGUUCCUGAACCACAACAACAAAGCGGGAAGCGAAAGGAAUCAUACAUCAGCUAGCCAGUCAGCUCAGCUCUGCUCAGCUCAGAUCCAUUCCGCGAUUGCUUUGAAGUGCAUUCGAUUGAUUUUUGCCUGCCACAGUCAUCCGAUAGUGUGUAGUGUGAAAUAGUGUACGUGUGUGUGUGUGUGGUGCUGAAAAUAAAUCGCGCCGUUGUGCCUCGCUCUAUCAUUUUUCGAAAGGCACACACAGUAGGCUAAGGGAGUGCAUAGAGGAAAAGGGCGUUUCGUUGUGUCGUUGCUGCGUGUCAGUGUGUUGCAAAGUAGGCACAGCUGGUCGAAGGCCGCAGAGAUACGCAGCGAAUUGUGCAGGAAAGCACACACAUUGAAUCGUACGACGAGCUACUACAACAGUACCACGCCGCGAGCGCGUCAUCAUCACACCACGACCUACUCAUAUACACCCUUGAGCGAGAGCGUGCGAAAGAGCGAGAACGCAGCGAGCAGGCAGCAGGAAGGAGCAAAAAAGAAACCACACUCAGCGACGUAAUCAGCAGUUGUUCGUAAAACACGAGCGAAAAAGGAUAACGCGCGUUUUUGCGAAGGGGGAUCCUUUCCGGAUCUUUGCACGAGAAUUUCACCAGAAGUGCAACCUGUGCCUACUGGGUGGUGAAAGCGCCAUGGAAUAUUCUAGCAACGACGUGAAGCAACUGUUCAGAUCUGUCUACACGCUGGUGAAAGGGCAGGAUGAACAGAAGGCCACCCUGACGGUGGAUGCGAUCCUGCAGCCCAGCUUCCAGCUCAGCCACCGCGUUCUGGUCGCCCAGUGCGUGCAGCUCAUCUUCGAAGACUUCGAGUGCGUCGGUCAGAAGUCGCGCGAGAUCCUGUGGCGCAAGGGCUACUACGAUGUGAUCGGUCUGCUGAAGCGCCAGAAGGGACGGGCAAACGGGGCCGCCCUGCUGCAGGCGGCCGACCGGUUGAUCUGCGAGGGCAUCAACUACUUCAAAGCGAUCGUGCUACGCUUUGCGCAGAUCUUCAACCUGGACUCGUUGCGGUAUCUGGUCGAUUUUGCGCUGCUAGAGGACUACGAUAUGCUGGCGCUGCGCGAGGAACCGUCCUGCUAUGCGCUGCUGCAGCUGCAAACGCAGGACGAUGAGGCGGGCACGGUGAAGAAGGAGCUGUACACGAAGCAGGAGAUUUCGUACGCGCUCGAGACGAUCCACGCGCUGCUGAUUGCGCUGGGCGAUCUGCACCGGUAUCAGCUGGAGUUCGGUAUCGGCAGCCGUGUGGAGGUGCGGGAACGCGCCCGUGCGUACUACCUGGAGGCGUUCAAGCUCAACCCGAAGGUGGGGAUGGCCCAGAACCAGCUCGGCAUGCUGGUGGCGGGACAGAACGGCAAUCUGGACGCCGUCUAUCACUAUCUGUACUCGCUGUGCUGUGCCGUGCCGUUCGAGUGCAGCGAGACGAACGUGAACGUGAUCUUUCAGAAAAACAUUCGCCAUCUGGAGAGCGGAGGCGAUCUGGCGAAUGGCGGAGACGGCGGCGGCGGUGUGCUGGUCGAUGGUAACGAUCAGCUGGUGGACGAGUUCAUUGCCACCUUUCUGCUGGUGGUGGACGUGUUCUUCUACGACAAGGAUGUGACGGACUUUACCGCGCUGUGCCACUCGGUGCUGCUGGAGUUUAAGAAGAUCCUGAGCAUUCGGCAGCUGCUGGACGAGUACUAUCUGACGGACGAUAUGCUGUUUAAGAUCGUUUCGAUCCUGUUCUUCUGCAUGCACCGUAUCAAGCUGAUCAACUCGGACAAGAUCUACAGCUUGAACGCGUUCCUGGUCGCGCUGUGCUCGGAGCUGCUGCAGUGGUGCACGUCCAGCUUUGAGAAGUUUACGAACGAGCACAGCCGGGAGGAUGCCCGCUUUCAGGAGAUGUAUCUGCGGCGGUACCAGCGGUAUGAUGAGCAGGUGCACCGCGCGCGGGACAUGAUUCGGAACGGGUCAGCCAUGUUUUCCAAGGAUCAAAAGUCUUCGUCGGGCGUGGAGGAGGGCACUGGGAGUCAGGAUAGCCGCGGCAACAAGGAGAACGAGAUGGCGAACCACGGUGGCAAGGGAGCGGCAUCGUCGCUGAUCGUUGGUAGGGCGAAGAGAGGUGGUGGAAGCGAUAAUGGCAGCAGCAGAGGGUCGGACAGUCGCCAGAAGAAACAUUCGCGCCGUCGUCGGCGGGCUUACUCGAACGAAACGGACUCGGAGGAUGGAGAGCGGUACGAGGAUGGGGAUGGAUCCGAGGACGACUACUACAAUCACGGCUCGGACACGGACUCCAGCAACAGUAGCGACGAAGAGCAGGAAGAAGAGGAGGAAGAAGAGGAGGAAGAUGAUAUGAUUUCACUGUCCAGCUACGGAUCGUACGAUGAAUAUUCCGGCGAGGAGGAAGACGAUCGCGAUCGUUCGGAGGAGGAAGGCAACCAGCCCGGCAACCAGCGGAACGAAAACGAUGGGCAGCAGCAGAGUGGCGCCUCCGACGAUAUGCCCGUAGCGGAGCAGCUGAAGUUUAAGAAGCGCUACCAAAAGCUGGACCCCAACAUUGUGCUCGAGUUCGCGCAGGGCGAGCGGACGAUGCGCUCGCUGAAGCUGCUGCUCGAUUGGCUGUUGUGCAACAUGGACGUGCUGCACAACUGCUACCAGUCGAACCCGGAGUUUCUGCACAACAUCAUGAAGCUGCUGAACUGGUUCAAUCUGGACUUCUUCACGAACCGGUUCUACUUUGCGCGCGACAUGAUCACCGUGCCGGGGCUGCGCGCCGAUCUGCAGGAGAUCUUCAACGUGCGCCGCACCAUCCCGCUGCAGGAGGACGUCGCGAUGAAGCGCUUCCCGCUGUUCGAGGCGGUGCAGGAGGGUCUGCAGUGGGAGACACCGUACCGGCUGGCCAUCAGCCGGGAGGACGAGAGCUUCCUGCGCCUGAUGAAGAUGGUCGACGUUGGGUUUGUGGUGUGCAAGUCGAAGAAGUUCGACUACUGCUUCCAGCCGAAGGUGCGCGCGUUCCGGGUGCGUGCCGGACUGGUCGGAGCCGGAAGCAACAAAGGACGCACCAACAACAACAAGAUGGCGACGAAAGGCCAACGGAACGGUGGUAAACCAAAGCGCAAGGAUGAUGCGCUGGGGGGCGGACGCGGUGGAAACAAGCGCGACUGGAACGGUGACGGUGGUGAUGGUGUCAAUCGUUCCCGUGGGCUUUCGUACAACCAGUCGCGCAGUGGCCGUACGACGAUGGGCGCUAAUGGGGGGUUAAAAGCGAAACGCUUACCAGCGGAGCAUCAUCAGCGUCGGGUGGCAGCAGUGCGUGAUCGUAUAGGCGAAGGAGAGGAUGCGGAUAUGCUGCUGCUUGCGCGCGGCGAUGCCAAGCGUCAGCGCAAUCGGAUGCGCCAGAAGGGUGCUCGCAAUGGGGUCGAGGAUUAUGGGCAGGAUGGUCAUGAAUCGGCCGCCGCCCCAACGCUGUUCACGAAGAAGGGAUAUCUUCACAACCGCAGCAAUGGAAUGUUGAUGCCACGUGGUAGUACCGCCCAGAAUGGUGCCGUGGAUGAAGCGGCGGUGGAUGAAAUGCAGCGAAACAAGUGGGAGGGAGGAUGCCCGCAGGAGAAGGGCGACAUUAGCGCAAUUAUGGGUCAGCUGUGGCUACGGAAUGAGGUCGAAACGCUCGAAUCGAAGGUUAACAAAAGAGCUGGGAACGUUGUAUUGACCCCGUAUCUGGUGCUGGACUCGAAGUGUCUGUCCGAGUACACGUCCAUCGUGAAGAAUUUGAUCAAGUCGAAGAAGUUUGUCGUUUUGAUACCAAACGCGGUUUUGGGUGAUUUGGAUGAGUUGAAAAAGCACAGCGAAGGUGCACGCAACGCCAUCAAGUGGUUGGAGGUGGAGUUUAGCAAGGGAAAUCGUUUCCUGCGCGCCCAGAAGGGCCACGAAACGCUCCCGAUGCCGUUGGUGAAGAUUCCGAAGAAGUUAGAUCGGGAAGGGGCAGUGUUCAAUCACAUUGUGCAGUUCUGCAACCACAUCGUGACGAACCACGCCGACAGCGAGGGCAACGACAUCAUCACCUACCUGUCCGGCGACAAUCUGCAGGAGAAGAAGCUGUGCAACGGCAGCAGCUUCACCGGCAUCCUGGAGGCGAUUCCGGUGAAGUUCGAGCAGAUUGUCACGUUCUACUCGAGCUACAAGCGGAAAUGAACGCCGGCGCCCCACACCGUCCACGGCCGAACGAGUGUGUUGGUCUUUGGUCUUAACUCCGCAGCGAACAACAACUACUAAAAGAAAAGAAAAAAGAAAACCAGGGCAAACUAGCAGCUGAGGCAGACAACAACGAGCAGACAACAUCGCAGAAACAGCAAAUACUUCAUCCCCCUCUCUCCACACAAACACACAAACAGCGGGGCGGUACCGUACGCGGCGCCGUGCGUCGCGUCGUUCAGCGCGCCGAAUCGCUUCCGUCGCGCUACCUGCAGCAAUACGUUCUUUCCUGCCCCUGGGGAAAGAGGAAGUGUGGCGUGGGUAUGUAGCAAGACGAGAAUGCGGUUCUACGUUGGAUGUGGUGUUGCGAAGCGAGGAUCAAAAAAUUGGGUUUUGGUGCAGGACGCUGCUUCGUGCGGCACACGUGCUGCGAUCCUGUUAGCUAUCCUUCGUCUUAAGAGCCAGUACCCCUGCUCGAUCCACGGUAGCUGUAAAUGUAUCUGUGUGUGUAUGCAUUCUCUCCAUCAUCUGGCAAAAGUGUACCAACCAACGAAAUUCUUCGGCAUUUUGUUCAGAUGGUGGUGUCCCCAUGUGAGCCCGGGUUUGGAGCAGGUUCGCGCACCACCGGGCAGGGGCAGACGGCGCAGUACGUCAGAGAUAAACAGCAUCAUGGGAGGGGGAUAGUGGGAGAGCGAUAGAAAGAGAGAUGAAACAACAAUUGAAGAAAAGCUAAAGAGAGAGAGAGAGAUAAAAAAAAUCGUAAGAAAGGAGAGAAUUUCGGAAUAAUAACAGCGAAAUUGGAAGUCUCUAGCAUCGUUUUGUGUGUAGGAGAAAGAGAGAUAGAGCGAGACAGCUGAAGUUUUCACACUAUCAAUCAUUCUUGUGUAGUGUAACGUCCAGGAGAAAAAUGCAUGCGAUCGAGAUGUCGCUGUUGUGCAGUUUGUAUGCUCUUUGGAAAUACUACCCACUUUUAAAUCCGUAACCCCUCUUCCAUCCAUUCCAUCUUUGCAGGCCUUUUUGGAGACGGAAAGGGGGGAGUGUGUGUUUCUUCCCUUGAGUGGCUUUUUCAACACCCAAGAAAUUGUGUUGUAGUUCGCGCACAAGUGGUGGAUGAAAUUGUGAAACCCCCUCCCCCAAACUCCGCCCAGAAAGCCCCUGGGAUGAUGAAGGGGGGUUUUGAGAUUGGAAAGGGAAAGACGCGUUUUAGGCUCGUAAGGAACCAUUCCGUACAUUUCCCAUCCCCCCAUUUUCCUUCUCAUUCGGAAGCACUUUUUCACAAUCACAGCGUUUGUUUUUACAUUCAUAUUUUUGCUUCAUUCUACAUCAUUCUUCUAUUUCUUCUUCCUCUUCUUCUUCUUUAAUUUUAAUCAAAAAAUGUGUUCCAGAGCGCAACAUCAUAUAUGUACUACUACUUCAUUUAGUGUAACACACACCUCGUUUAAGCACAAUUCAUUUGGAGUUGAACUUGGAAAGUAUCGUAAAAAAAAUACAUCAUCUAGAGAUUUACAUUUUCAUCAUCUGCGGCCAAUUAUGUGGCAUAGAAGAAAAAAAAGAGCAAAUCCAUUAGAUACGAUUCUGUUUAAAAUCAUCUUAAAUUCUUUAAACUUUUCAUACAUAUUAAAAUAUUAAUUUUCCGUUGCAAAUGCAUAUAAAAAAUCCAUUCAUCUUUCGCGCGAUCAUUAGAGAUCCACAAAGAAUGAUUAGCAUUAAAAACUCACCUCUUUUCCUUCAUUUUUGGCUUGGUGAUUGGCAGACAGUACUUUUCUUUUUAACUGCAAACACGUGGUGCGAUAUUGGAUCUCAAGUUUCUGAUAUGUGUUUUCCAUUUAUUCUUCUUUUUUUGUGUGACGAUUCUCGGCAAUUUACGAUAAGUAUUAAUUUCGAGCGAACGACACUGUGUGCCGCCCACUUACUGACACUUUUGUUUGGCAGCAUUUAAACUGUUCUAUUCAGUUCAGUCAGUUCUGCGGACGUACAAAAAAAAACAAAACAGUAAACGAUCACUCCAUGAAAUCCUCUGUACCUAGAAAAAGGCAGACAAAAAUUAUGUUCCAAUUCAUACAACACAACUCUAUAUACGUACUGGAAAAUAGAAAAGAACCCCCCUUCUUCGCUGAUUACUGUACCAAUUAGAUUAUAUCCAAUGAGGAGAUGUACGGCUUCUGUUGCACUUUCGUUCUUUACUAUCUUUUAAUUUCUUUUCGCCGAGCUCGCAACUCUUAAUAAAACACUUCAUUGGUGGAAUAAAAAUGAA